AGUUUUAAAAAUGUAAUGAUUUAUUUUGUGCUGUUAUUCUUGUUUAAAAAAAUGAAGCUUAGGAAUUUAACUAACUAUAUUAAAUCAUAGAACGCUAUCGUUCUACAAAUGCAUUUAAGUGUGAUGUUUAUAUUGUUGACAUGGGCUCGAUUGCUUCAGUCCUCCAGUGGCAUUGUAGUUCAUGUUCGUUAAUAAACCCCACUGAUCGAGUAACAUGCAUUCGAUGUAAUGUACAUAGAAGUUAUGAAUGCAGGAAAAAAGUUGAUCAACUCAAAACACGGACCAUUCAUGGAUGUCCAACUCCCUAUGUCACAGAUAUUCUUUGUGCGGAGGCAGAAAUUGCCGCUGGAGCAUUAAGGCUUGAUGAUGCUGACCCGACCAAUAUCGACCACAAACCAAGUGUAGUAAAACUUCAAUUUAAAUCUGUUAUUUUACAACGUCGUAAAUCAUGGAAUGGUUUUGAAGAUCAAUUUCGUACUUCUUUAAGACCAUCAAAAAGUUCAACAUUACUCACAACUGAAAAUGAUUCUUGGUUAUGUAAUGCGUGUAGAACUAGAAAUUUUUCAACUCAACAAUGUCAAAACUGUAAUUCGUUUAGAGAAACUAAAGAACAAAAAAAUAAAUUUAUUCCUAUUACAAUUAAUAUUCCAAAGGACUCGGACAAAAAAUCCACAAGUAAUUGGUCAUGUGAAAAAUGUUCCUUUUCAUUAAAUCAGUUUUGGUCUGACUCUUGUGAAUCAUGUGGUUGGAAUGCUAUAACAAUGAUGCGUGAUUGUGUUCGUUAUACUCCUCCCAAGAAAAAAUGGACGUGUAAACGGUGUACUCUACUUAAUGAUCCUAAUACAACAGUUUGCAAUGCUUGUGGCGGAUCAAAAGCCAAAAGCCUUUGCCCGGAUGAUGGAACAUUACGUGAGUUUUGGACAUGUGAUAAAUGUACAUUGAAAAAUAGAUUAUCCACAUUAGUAUGUAAAGCCUGCAAAACAGAAAAAAGAGCAAAUAAAAAAAGACGAUCAGACAGUCAAUGUCCAACUUGUACAUUUGAAAAUGAACUAAAUGCUAAACAAUGUGCUAUGUGUCAUAAACAUCUUGAAUCUGAAUACUAUUCAUCGAUAUUAAUAUCAAAUCAUCCAAAGAAACAAAGUGAAUUAAUGGAAAACUUGAGAAGAAUUGAAGAGCAAGAAGCACGAGAAAAAUGGAAUGAAAUAGUUCUGUUUUGUAUUCAAAACAGUCAAGAAUUUGUUGAUGAUUCUUUUCCUCCAGCUUCAAAGUCUUUAUAUUAUACUGAAAAACAUGAGAGUUGUCGAGUAACUCAAUGGUUAAGACCUGAAUCUAUUAUUUGUUCGGAAUUGGAUAAAGAGUUAUGUUGGACUGUUUUUAGAAAACCAAAACCAUCAGAUAUAAUUCAAGGUAUUUUGGGCAAUUGUUGGUUAUUGAGUGCUUUAACAGUCUUAGCAGAACGUGAAGAUUUAGUUAGACAUGUUAUGGUUACCAAAGAUUAUUGUGAACAAGGUGCAUACCAAGUUCGACUUUGUAAAGAUGGUAAAUGGACUACAGUUCUUGUUGAUGAUUUAUUACCUUGUGAUAAUCGAGGAAAUCAAGUUUAUAGUCAGGCUAAACGCAAACAAUUAUGGGUUCCCUUAAUUGAAAAAGCAAUAGCUAAACUUCAUGGUUGCUAUGAAGCACUUGUUUCGGGUAGAGCAAUAGAAGGACUUGCUACUUUAACAGGUGCUCCUUGUGAAAGUGUCCCAUUACAACCAUCAUCAGUACCAACUGAAGAUGAACUAGAUCGUGAUUUAAUAUGGGCUCAACUAUUAAGUUCACGCCUUGCUGGUUUCUUAAUGGGUGCAUCUUGCGGUGGUGGCAACAUGAAAGUUGAUGAAGAUGCUUAUCAAAGUAAAGGACUAAGACCAAGGCAUGCUUAUUCUGUAUUGGAUGUCCGAGAUAUUGAUAGUUAUCGAUUAUUGAAAUUAAGAAAUCCCUGGGGUCAUUUUUCUUGGAAUGGUGAUUGGUCUGAUGAUUCAGAUAUGUGGACAGAUAAUUUAAAAACUAUGUUGAUGCCAGAUGGAUGUUGUGAAGGAGUAUUUUGGAUAUCAUAUGAUGACGUAUUAAAGUACUUUGAUUGUAUUGAUAUUUGUAAAGUAAGGAAUAAUAUGUGGAAUGAAGUAAGGCUUAAAGGAUAUCUGCCACCAUUAUCUUCAACUGAUCACUUGUCAUGUGUUGUCCUUACGGUCUCAGAACCAACUGAAGCAGAAUUUACACUUUUUCAAGAGGGACAAAGGAAAUCAGAAAAAUGCAAUAGAAGUCAACUUGAUUUAUGUGUAGCAGUGAUGAGAAGCAGAGAAGUUACAUCUGAAAAACCUAUCUACAUUGGUCGUUUAGUUGAACACAGUAAACGACAAGUCCGUGGAUUUGUUAGCUCCCAUAAAAUGUUAGAACCAGAUGUUUAUGUUGUUGUUUGUUUAGCAUUUAAUCAUUGGCAUACAGAUUUGGUAGACCCUUCAGUUUAUCCUGAAUUUGUGUUGGCGAUUCAUAGCUCUAAACGUUUACUAGUAGAACAAGUAUCUCCACCUUCCUUUGUUUUGGCUGAUACAAUUAUAAACUUGACUUUAGCAAAAGGGCAAAGACAUGAAGGAAGAGAAGGUAUGACGGCUUACUAUUUAACUAAAGGAUGGGCUGGACUUGUUGUAGUAGUAGAGAACCGUCAUGCUAACCGUUGGAUACAUGUAAAAUGUGAUUGUCAAGAAAGUUAUAAUGUGAUGUCCACUAGAGGAUUGCUGAAAACUAUUGAUUCUGUUCCACCUCUACAUCGACAAGUUAUAAUUGUAUUGACUCAAUUGGAAGGAAGUGGAGGGUUUUCAAUUGCUCACAAAUUAACCCAUAGAUUAGCUAAUCAAGCUGGCCUUCAUGAUUGGGGACCAUCAGGUUGUUCUCAUUUACCACAAAUACAAAAAUCUAUUGAAGGAUUACAUUCUCCUAGACUGAUUACUUAAUUUUGUAAGGCAAAAUGUAUGGUUUAUAUACGUUUCUGUGAUUUUUGUUUACUUUUUUUUUUAUUAUUAUUACUUUAUUUAGUGUGAGUACAAAUAAUUAAAUUAGGAAGCCCAAAACUAUUGUAAAUACAUUGCAAAUAAAUUAUAUGAUUUAAA